AUGGCGGGUGUUCCUCAAACGGUGCUGGCGCAGGAUCCGGGUGCCCGCUCCUCCUUUGACUCCCGGGCCAUGGCGCCCGCCUCUCUCCCAGAGGACUUCCGAGUGCGCUGCACCUUGAAGAGGCCCGUGGUGGAAGUGAUGGAGCUGUGCGGGCGCUUUGUGCAGGAGCUCGGGGCCACGCUGCCGGAGGACGUCCGAGAGCUCGCGCUGCGGGACGCGCAGUGGACUUUUGAAACAGCUGUUCAGGAGAAUGUCAGCAUUAAUGGACAACCCUGGCAGGAAGCUGCCGACCACCAUCUUAUGGACUCUGACAUCAAACUUCUUGAAGAUGAAUUUGAUGAGCUCAUAGUAGAUGUGGCAACAAAACGCAGGCAGUACCCCAGAAGGAUCCUGGAGAGCAUCAUCCAAACCUUGAAAGUACAGCAUGAGAUUCUGAAGCGGUAUCGUCCUGUUGUACAUCCCUUGGACCUGAAAUGUGACCCUGACCCAGCUUCUCAUGUGGAAAAUUUGAAAUGCCGUGGGAACUCCAUAGCUAAGAAAAUCAGUGAUGCCAUGAAGGCUUUGCCUGUGUUAAUUGAACAAGGAGACGGCUUUUCUCAGGUCUUAAAGAUGCAGCCUGUCAUCCAGCUGCAGAGGAUCAACCAGGAAGUCUUUUCCAGUUGUUACAGAAGAGCAGAUACCAAGCCCAGCAAGACUGUAACACAAGUAGAAACCACACCAACCGAGACUGCAGCCAGGAAAGCCUCGAACAUAGUGCUAAAGAGAAAGCAUGCCCCAGACUGCUCCCAGAGAAAGCGCUACCCAAUGCGGCCAAAGAGAAUUAAUCUUGAUGUAUAAGCUGUGUCUCUUGGGGAAUUGAAAGUUGGUCCUCUCAGCGUUCAGGUCGCUGUCUGCUGCUGGGAGACUUCAUUUAAAGUCACUGACUCUGUACAGGUGCAGUGCACUGUUCUGCUCAUCCUGGCCUACGGUGGCAUCCUCUGCUUACCUUGAAUUCCCUCUGCGGUAGGUAAAAGCCUUUUGGGCCUUGCACAGACCUGUCCGUGUCCUUAGAUGCCAUCAGUCCCUGUAGCUUUGCAGCUGUCGAGGCAUCCCAGGGUCAUGCUCUGAGGGUUUCUUGGUGCACAGCUUUCUCCUAUGCAAAGCCCUGAGGUGGUUCUUUGACUGGCGUUGGCUCUGUGCAUUGCUAGUGUAGUUCACAGAUGAAUGCAUGGAAGAUGGACCUGCCCUUGCCUUGUUCUGUAGGCAGUUAAUUUACAGUGUUAGAGCUUUAUUUUGUAAGAACAAGGAGAGAGCUGUUAUUUGUGCAGGAAAUAUUGUUAAAAAGAAAACAUGAGGCAGGAGCCUCUGUUUCUUGCCUAUGCUUUCAUUUCUGUUGGUCUUUGAACAUAAUUUGACUGGGAACUGAUAGUUUCUUUUAAAGUCUUCAUUUCCAAAUAGAUUCUCCCAGUUCAGAGUAUAUAUUAUGAUUGACUGGCAGAUCUAAGCAGAGUGAACUGCUCCAGGGAAGGACAUUUGUGUGUAGCCCAUAUAGUGUCAGACUUGAAGGGUCUCAGCAAGCUUAUACUCUGAGAUUCAGCCACAGCCUCUUACAGCUUGCAUUUUGUCUCUUACAUGGUGCCUUGUAGAUAGAGCCUCUAGCUUCCCACCUAUUUCCUUUUUUUUUUUUUUUUUUUGUGAUUAUACACUUUUGUUCAUUUUCAGAGGAAUUUUCUAAUGGCUUGGAAAAUCUGUAUUGUUGUUGCUCGGUAUGUCCUAAUGAUCAUAAACAUCUAGGUUUGUCUAGUUUUUCUCCUUUGGAAAAGCUUAAUAGUGAGGUCACUUCAUGGAACUUCUAGAUUCUGUUUUAGUGUUAAAAUCUGAAAUCAAUAUAUUUGUACAGAGCAAUGUUUUGUAUUUUAAAAUAAUAUAUAAAGAUCAAAUUUUUGACACAUGCUUUUUCCAGCUAACAAGGCAUUCUUGGUACUGACUUUAGUAGGACAGCAAGUCAGCCCUCUGCAUUUCCCAGUGAACUGACCUUUGCCUUAAAAUCACUUUGCGACUUCAGAAGAUGGCUGUUGUUCAGUGCCUCUCAUGGCAUUUAUGUUCUGUGAUUGAUUUCACUUCAUAAGUACCCAAGCAGGCAAGGCUAGGACAGACUCCAGGUGAUGAGGUGUCUUAUAUGGCAGGUGCUGUAUGUAAGAUGGAAGAACAAGCUUGGAGGGUCCACUGGAUGGCUCUGCUGAACUUCACAAAGCCACGCCUUGAAAGGCUUUCCACACUCGGAAUCUGAGAUGGCUCCAAGAGUUUGGAGUAAUUACCUUUGUCUGGCAUGAAUGCGACUUGACCCUGUAGCUAAAGCACAGUGACCUUUGAGAGUUGUUCAGUCCCCGGCGCAGAAGCUGAGUGACUGGGGACUCCAAGGAUACUUGGGGCCCACUCUUAACGGUUCUUGAUGCAGGGCUAUCUUCCAAGGGGACCUUUGGUAAAGGAGAAGAUUUUUUUUUUUGGCCUGUUGUAACUUGAGAUGUUUGUGUGUGUGGAGGGUACUGCUGUCAUCUAGUGAAUAGAGGCUGCACAUACCCUGGAUGGCUGACACACUAACGAUCUCCAAGACCAGUGAUAGCAAGGUAGAAAAGCCUGUUGAGCGGAGAGAGGUCCAGCAGCCUAAGAUGGUGUGAUCAUUGCAGCUUUCCAACCACUCUAGGAAGUGCUGUUUGUGUCUGUUGCACUUAAUUCUUGCCAAAACACCCCACUGUCAGCCUUCACAAGACAAAGUGUAAUUUGUGACAUUAUAUAAAACUAGACUGUAGAAUAUGUAAAAAGGGCCCCCAAAUAAAAAAUGAAAUGUC